UCAAUUACCUCCUCAUUUCUGCAACCCAAAACCCUUGUUAUGACCCUCCCCUGCAUCUCAAUUCUCGAACAGGUUGUAGUUCCUCUGCGAGAACAUUGCUUCCGCUGUCGUCUUCUUCAUCCAUUGCAAUUCCUUGCGGCAACUGGCAAUUUCUCACUGGAUACUUUGUACCUGACAGAGUUUGUUUACAAAUGAAGAAAUGACUGAGAAGCCUCUCAGCAUUCAACUAAAUUGAGUUAAGGAUAUUCUUGAACGAAUGAGGAUGACUUCCAUGUAGAAGCUUUUUAACAGAAUUGGAUAGACGGCCAGAGUGCUUGAGUACGGGGAUGGUGCUACCAUAGCAGAUUUUUAGGGUUCUAAAUCGUCAUCAUCAUCUUCCUUAUUGUGAAUUUCACAUUAAACUUCUGAAGUAUAAUGUUUGGCGUCAAAUGAAGGUGAAAGGUGAUAUAUGAUAAGGCAGAACUCUCUAAGAUCAAAAUUCAUCACUUGAGCUGAGAUUUUUAAUAUUCUUCUAUGGGCCAUAAUUUACCUCAUGCUGAACUGCCUUCCAAGACUUAGAUGUAUUUCUUUCUUAUAUUCUUUUCCCAAAGUGUCCAAAAAUAUAAAGCAAAUUCAUGCCCAGUUAAUUACUAAUGGCCUGAAAUCGCCUGCCGUCUUGGCCAAGUUAAUUGAGCAUUAUUGUGGCUCACCAGACUCACACAUUGCUAAUAAUGCACAUUUAGUGUUCCAGUACUUUGACAAGCCAGACCUGUUUCUCUUUAACACUUUGAUAAGAUGUGUUAAACCCAAUGAUUCUAUUAUAAUUUUCCGAUAUGAGUUUUCUCGGGGACUCAUGUUUUUUGAUGAUUACACUUACAAUUUUGUUCUUGGAGCCUGUGCUCGCUUUCCGUCAGCUUCAACGUUGUGGGUUGGUAGACAACUACAUUCCCUGAUAGUAAAACAUGGGGUUGGGUCAAAUAUUUUGGUUUCGACUACGAAAAUAUACUUUUAUUCUAGCAACAAAGAUAUUAUCUCAGCCCGACAAGUGUUUGAUGAAAUGUCAAUGAGAAGCAGUAUUACGUGGAAUGCUAUGAUAACAGGUUAUUCUUCCCUUAAAGAAGGGAAAAGACAAUAUGCUUUCAAUGCAUUGUCAUUGUUUAAGGACAUGUUGGUUGAUGUAUGUGGAAUCAAACCAACAGAUACAACUGUAGUUGCUGUCCUUUCAGCAGUUUCUCAGAUGGGUUUGCUGGAAACUGGUGCUUGCGUACAUGCAUUUGCUGAAAAGACAUUGUGUACUGAAGAUGAUGUGUUUAUUGGGACUGGUCUUGUUGAUAUGUACUCAAAAUGUGGAUGCCUUGAUAGUGCCUUGUCUGUCUUCUGGCGCAUGAACCAGAAGAAUAUCUUGACUUGGACGGCAAUGACUACUGGCCUAGCUAUCCAUGGGAAAGGAAAACAAGCCUUGGAGGUUUUAUACAAGAUGGGGGAUUACGGCGUGAAGCCCAAUGAAGCAACUUUUACUAGCUUUCUAUCUGCUUGUUGUCAUGGUGGGCUUGUCGAAGAAGGCCUUCAAUUGUUCCAUGAAAUGAAGAGAACAUUUAAUGUGACACCUCAGAUAAAACAUUAUGGUUGCAUUGUUGACCUUCUUGGUCGUGCUGGAAAGUUAAAAGAAGCAUAUGAAUUUAUCAUGCGGAUGCCAAUUGAUCCUGAUGAUGUAAUAUGGAGGACUCUGCUAGGUGCAUGCAAGAUUCAUGAAGAUGUUGUGAUGGGAGAGAAGGUGGGAAAAUUUCUCCUCCAGUUGGAAGAAUGUAGUCAUCCAGAGUUGACUUCAAAGAGUGAAGACUAUGUAUCUCUGUCAAAUGUUUAUGCUUUAGCAGAAAGGUGGGUCGAAGUUGAAUCUGUAAGGAAACAAAUGAGAGCUAAGAGAAUCUCGAAUAACGCUGGUUGUAGCGCUGUUCAAAUUGUCAGUCUGUAGAACGAAGACCACAGAAAGAGAAUUUUGAGGCUGAGCAUUUGAGUAAACCAACAGAGAUUAACUGUUGAGCGGGACAAUAGUACAUUUCCUUCCCGUAAGUCUAAUCUUUUUGUCCAAGUAUUUUCGAAGAUGCCCUUGCAAAAUGGAAGUGGCUGAUCCUGUCCGAUUAAUCAGUGUCAAAAACAGUGCUGUUUGUGAAAUCUUGAGCGUGCUGCGUGAUCAGAUUUCACAACAGGCUUCAAAGGCUGCAUUAAAGCCGAUCGUGGAGCUCUUUCCUUGGGGAAGAAACAGGAUCAGAGGGGUUGAGGGCGGUGCAGUUUCGGUCCUCAUUGAACUACUUGUUUGUGCCUCGGAAAGAAGAACUUGUGAACUCAUUUUAAUAGCUUUGGAUCAACUUUGUGGGUGUGCGGAAGGGCGUGCAGACUUGUUGAAUCAUGGUGUAGGAGUGGUCAUUAUGUCCAAAAAAAUUAUAAGGGUCUCUCUCGUGGCAAGCAAGCGAUAGAGGGCUUAGAAUUUUGGCCUCCAUUUGUAGGUAUUCCGCCAAUGCUAGAGCGCUCCAUGAAAUGUUGCAGGUUGGGGCUGUGUCCAAGUUCUGUUUGGUGCUUCAAGUGAAUUGCGGCUUCAAGACUAAAGAGAGGGCCAAGGAGAUUAGUCAAAUUGCACUCCUCAGUUUGGAAGAAUUCUUCAUGUAUUCUGUACCUUUGUUAUCUUCCUUUCCGAGAUCUAAUUUGAUCAUAGUUUGUAAGCUUUUCAUUUCUUUUUUGUGUGCAUGCAUCUGAUGAAAGUGUCUGGUGCCAGAGGUUUUGGGGUUAUACAAAUGAAUCACGUAGUUAUGGAGGGGGAAACAAAUCCUUGGAUAAAUUUUUGUUGAACAUUGUACUAAUCUAAACAGUAGUAUUUUUUAACUAUAA